CUCUGCGGUGACCUUGUUUCUCCGCCACAGAUCAAUAAAGCUUCAUCUCAUCCACUCUUCUGUCUGCAGAUCGGACCGGAGACCUGGACUUCUCCACCCUCCUGAGCGUCAUGCACCGGCAGCUCCAGCAGGAGGCGCCGGAGCAGGAGAUCCUGGAGGCCAUGAAGAUGGCGGACAAGGAGCAGAAGGGCUUCGUCCUGGCAUCGGAGCUGCGAGCCGCGCUCACCGGCGUGGGCGAGAAACUGACCGACCGAGAGGUGGACGAGCUGCUGAGGGAGGCGGGCGUCGGGACGGACGGUCGGGUUCACUGCGAGAAGUUUGCUAAAGCGGUGACGCGCUUGUCUGUGAGGCGCUGACGCCAUCGCCGAUGUGACAUCACUUCUGACGUCAUCGCCGCUGUGACAUCACUUCUGACGUCAUCGCCGCUGUGACGUCACUGCUGACGUCAUCGCCCCUGUGACGUCACCGCCGCUGUGACAUCACUGCUGACGUCAUCGCCGCUGUGACGUCACAGCUGACGUCAUCGUCGCUGUGACGUCACCGAGCUGCUCGUUGAGAAUGUUUCAUCGUGUGGAGUGAAACAAGUCAUCACUAAUGUUCCACUUUAGCCAUUUAACGUCAUUUCUCUGAAUCUAUUUGUUCUAUCUGUUGUUUGUUUCUAGUUUUAGUUUGAGACAUAUUGGAUUUGUAAACUUCGUGUUCAUGAUGCAGAUCCUACGUCUGUUUCGUGUCGGUGGUUGUGAAUAUUGUCUGAAAUUAGCAGGACACAAGAUGCGAUACGCACAUGGACAGCAGGGGGCAGUGUGAUGGAACGUUUUGAAAACAAGCUAACAGAAGAAGGCAUUAAUAAACUGCACAUGAACGAUGUAAUCACUUAAAAUAAAGACGUUGACAUGACGACUCCCGACAGUGACGCGUAAUAAUCAUGAACGCCCCCUGGUGUCUGGCUGCAGUAUAGGUCAUUAGCCCGCCCCCUUGUGACGGCAUUUCAUUUAAUGACUUAUUUCUAUAAUGAAAGAUUGUUAAUACAAGUGAAACAUGAAAUAAAUGUUUUAGUGUCUGUC